AUGGAUGGGGGAAACAUCUUUAUUGCUAUCCAGAAGGUUUACUACCCUCUGUUGUGCAUCACGGGAAUUCCAGCCAACCUCUUCACUUUCUAUAUGAUCUGCUUUCGGAAAUGCGGCAUGUCUGAGACAGCAACCAUUUACCUGAGUUGCCUUGCUUUGACGGACACCUCUUACUUGGUAUGGGUAAUCCUUCUAGACCUUUGCCUUGUUUUCCUACAAGUGGAGCCCUUCUGGAACUCUCAGCCGUGGUGUGGCAUAAUGGGCUUCCUGCAGUACGGUGCCCUUUACAGCUCAAGCUGGAUAGUUGUGAUGUUCACCAUUGAGCGCUAUUUGGUUCUGAGCAUCACAAUAGGAAAACAACGGUUCCAUCAGGCACGUGCCGCUCUGUUCAUCUGCGUGACUAUUGUGCUGCUGUCUCACAUGGCAUCCGUGCCCAUGAGCUGGAUCAACACUGUCACUCCAGUUAACAUCACGGCUGAUGGACAGAACAUCACUGCAUUACGCUGUCACUAUAGGGAAGCGACGUUUACCACAGUUCUGGUCUGGGUCACCAGUUUUCUCUCAGGUGGACUUCCAAUCGUUCUUGUCCUCAUUUUCAACUCACUCAUUGCUUAUCACUUGAACGGUUCAAGUCGCUUGUUCACCAAGGAGGAGUGGAGGGCAAUCAGGGGGACGAACAAGCGGGGUGUAGUCCGACGCACAAUCAUUUUACUUGGGACGGUCUCGGUAUCAUUUGUGAUUCUGAGCCUUCCUCGAUUUGUUACAUAUUGCAUCCUCCGUACUCAAUACAACUACAAAGAGUUUGACCGUAACGACUACAGCAUCCCCAUAAACGUUAUUAGCGACGUGGCUAACAUGUUGCACAAUUUAAACUCAACCACCAACUUUCUGCUCUACUGUGUGGUCAGCAGGAGCUUUAGGCAGGAGCUUGUAAACACCGUGACCUGCGAGGCUAAAAACAAAGAGACGGGCUCAUUCUUACACCAGACAACUAAGACGAUGAAAGUGUUCUCAGUUGUUGACCACAAAGAGACCCUGAUAAUAGAUCCGGUUCAUGCUGUCCUUACCAAACUAAAGAGAACCGAGGGCAAUUGA